AGCCGUCUCCUGGAUCAGUGUCUUCACAGAUACCAGAGGGUGCAUUUGGUUUUUUGAUUUGUGUCUCAGGAUGAAAGUCUUAAAGGGAGCGCUGCUGCUGCUGCUGCUAGCUGUUGCUAACGCGAAGCCAGACCACCAUCACGAUCACGAUCACGAUCACGAUCACGAUCACGAUCACGAUCACAAUCACAAUCACACGGAUCAAAAGCCUGCGGACCCCGAUCACUGCCAGGUCCUGAAGAUGUAUGGCGAAGACGACGUGCAGCAGAUUUUGGGGGACUGGGUCCUGGUCUGGUCGGUUUCGGACCACCAACAUGGUCAGGACCUCCUGAAGAACCUCAGCAGCUCCCAUGUAGAGAUGAGACUUCAGGAGGACAAUCAGACCCUGAUGUUCAGCAAGAGGAAGCGCUUCAGUGACAACAACUGCAUCAAGAACUACAUCAACAUGUCCAUGGAGCUCCUGCACAACCCCAACCAAAGAAUGCACCCCACCGAAAGCAAGAUUGAGGUUGAUGGAGUCCUCAGUCCCUACAAUGAAACCGCGAUUGUGAAUUUCUACGAGACGUGUCCUAACUGCAUGAUGAUUGUGAUCAAGUCGAAGUCGAUGGGGAACUACCUGAUGAACUACAGGAAGGAGGGUCACCAUCAGGAUUUGGAUCACAUGAAAGCAGAUCACGAUACUCACAGGAAAAUGGCAGAGUGUUUGGGAUUCGACCACGACCAGCCGUACAUCUACGAUGGAGUCGCAGAUUUCUGUCAUAAGAAAUCCUCUCUAGAAAUGGCGGUCGAUCUACCGCCACCGAUGUAGGGCGAAAGAAGAUCGAACAAACAUCCGAGUGUCAACAAACAUGUUGUUCAGCAAACAAUAAAAGCAAAUACUGAAACCUC